AUGCUGGCAAGCCGAGCUUCCCUCGUCUCUAGGGCGCGCUUCGUCGCUCGCCGGAGGACGUUUGCGACGACCUCAACGCUUCGUGCCGAUACACCCAGCGAGAAGAUCUGCGUCGUCCCGUUCGCGCAAUCGUGGCCGGAUGCGCGCGACAGGCUGUAUACCCACGGCCUGCUUGCCAGUGCCUCCUGGGCCAACGUCCUUUACGCCGCGGGCAUUACAAUGUUCGGGUCUGCCGUCGAGACGCUAGGCAAGGAGCUCGGCUUCGGCUCCUCCCUGAACAUGCGCAGCAUGAAGGCGGCAUACUACCCCGUGUGGCGGCUUGAUGCGAUCGCCGAGAACGGUCCCGAGGGGAAGGACGGCUGGCUGGCCGUGCGCGAGGGCUACGUGCCGGGCAACCCCUUUGCGCCGCUGUCGUACCUCUCCUACGCUGUGCCGCCGCUGAACGACGACCUGCCGACGUAUGACAGGAAGAGGGACUUGAACCAGAUCCCCGGGCACGAUAUUGUUGAGGUGCCGUUUACGGUAGACCCGAUGCGGUUCGUGGACAAGGUUCGCGAACGCAUUGGACGGACGGAGAUUGGCGGCGUCGCUAUUGAUGCCAACAAGUGGAAGGAGAUCAUGCAGCUCGCGGCUUAUCCUAUCUACUUCCCCUUGUACCUUGCCGAGUUUGAGGUCACUUCGGGUGAGGACAAGCGCUCCUUCACGAUGGUCAUGGAUGCGCACGACGAGGCGUCCAACCACUGUCGCAUCUCCUUCCCUCCUCCGGGUGAGAUGCGAGAGCAGUCCGAACGCCUGCGGCGGAACUACUACGUGAACCCCGCACCCUUCCUUCCGACGGCCAACCUGAUGCUCCCCGUCAUGUCCCGCCCAUUGACAGCGACGCCAGAGCAGUCCAUGGGCAAGGCGUUCAGCGAGUGGAUGUCUCCCAAGGCGGUGGGCGACGCCAUGCCCGCCUCUCCGACCUAUACGGUGGCGCACGACGACCCGUCCGUGAACUGGUCCGACCCGCGCAUCCAGCGGUGGACGGGGGCGGAGCGCGAGCAAAAUGGCGAGUUCAUGGAGAAGGCGGUCGACGUUGCGUCGACGCUGCACGCCAUGCGGGCGAUGCGCGACAUGGCCGACGGCGCCGAGGGUACGGCGACCGUGUUCCGACCCACCGGGACGAGCCAGAUGCCCCUUAGCGAGUACCAGGACGAGCUGGCGGGCGAGGCGAAGAAACUGACACGGGAGCUCGAGAACACCAAGCCUGACUGGCUGCGGGACUAUGAGCGGGAGAAGAGGGAGGCGCCGGGCGAGCUCGAGGACGCCAUGGCUAAGAAGGAGUAG